AUGGAUGGGUGGAUGGAAGGAUGGUGGCUGUUGGCUGUUGGUGGCUGUUGGUGCCCUACUGUCGGCUUGACUGGCGCUGGCACCGCAAUUGCGAGAUAUACAAGCGCUCGCCUGAAGGCACUGCAGUGCUCCAACAAACAGCACUUCGUUGAGGUAUCCUGGAUGUGUCAAGAUCCGAUUAUUGCAAGUAGCGAGUCGGUCGAUAACGACUCGGCGAUCUGCUCGCCGGAACCACAAUUAACAGCACAGCUCCCUUGGCCAGAUCCUAGUAACCGGGACAAAACAACCAAUGGCACCAUGCCCAUCGGUGACUCUUCUGCAGACCAUCUUCGAGCAGCAGGGACAUCGGGAUCAAAGGAUUCAACCGAAUCUUGA